AUGGACACCACCAGGAUGCUGUCAGUGUUGCUGCUGUUGGCCCUGUCGGCUUUAUCCUCAGCCAGUCCUCAGGACAUCUGGAACAACACAGAGCAGAGAAAUGCCUCCUUCAAGAACUCUGAUCUAAAUGGCAGUGUUGAAAUCACCACUAAUAGAUCAAUGCUUACGGAUCAACAUCUUCUGUCUUUUGCUGAGUUAAGGCAGAAGGUUCAGUCUUCCUCUUUUGUGUCUGACGAUGGCUCUAACCUGGAGUGGGUGACCUGGAACAACUUUCUCCCAAACGACGCAGUUUCAAUUUACAAUGGAUAUGUUGAUCGCAUUGAUUAUGUCUGCAAAUACAUGUGUGAGGCUGGCUUUUAUACCCCCAGCAAGGGUCCUUAUUGCCACUAUCCCAAUGCAAAAAAAGCAUAUCCUGGUUCCCCGUUUGAGAUCCUGGUGAACAAAGACAACUUUGAGAUCCUGGAGUGGAAGGAGGAUUCGUACGGUUCAGUGCCCCAGAGUUCAGUCAGAACCUGCCCUGGGGGGGACACAUAUGUAGGGAAGAACAAAUAUGGACUAGGGAAGGUUGCUACUAAAGAUGAGGUCUUCUACCUGCCUUGGGAUGGUGAUGAAUAUUGGUACCACUACUACCAGGUCCUGACCAUUAAUGAGGAUAUAAUCAGCCAGCAGAUUUACAAUGUCAGGUACAACACUGAUGAGUCUCAAAUCUUCCACUAUCCUCCAGAGGUCAUGCAGAAAACUGCCAUCAGCAACUAUGAAUGUCACUCAGUGGUGGAAACAGAUACCCUCUCAAAGACAUAUGAGGUAGAGCACACGUGGGACAUUACCUUUUCUGUCAAAGUUGGUGUUACAUUGACCUUCUCUGCCAGCAUCCCCCUAAUCACUACCGAAGGUAUUCAGUUCAGCACCGAGGUUUCCUUCGAGUACUCCAAAGGAAACACGGUGGUAGAGGCCACCACUGAUACUGUUUCUGUGGAGAUCACAGCCCCGCCAAACCACUCCUGCAUGGUUACUAUGGUGCAGUAUAAGUACAAAGUGGACAUCCCGUUCACAGCAAGCCUCAGCCGCACCUAUGCUGACGGGGUGAUCCACAGGACGUCCAUCACUGGGACGUAUGACAGCGUUCAGGUUGCAGAAGUCCAGGCCGUGGUGGACCGAUGUGAACUUCUAGAAAACUCCCAGCCUUGCACAUGA